CCCAGMGAAAGCAGUGACAAGAUGGCGUCCCUGGAUCGGGUGAAGGUACUGGUGUUGGGAGACUCAGGUGUUGGAAAAUCUUCACUAGUCCAUCUUCUCUGCCAAAAUCAAGUGUUGGGAAAUCCAUCAUGGACUGUGGGCUGCUCAGUGGAUGUCAGAGUUCAUGACUACAAAGAAGGAACCCCAGAAGAGAGGACCUACUAUAUAGAAUUAUGGGAUGUUGGAGGCUCUGUGGGCAGUGCCAGCAGUGUGAAAAGCACAAGAGCAGUAUUCUACAACUCUGUGAAUGGUAUUAUUUUAGUACAUGACUUAACAAAUAAGAAGUCAUCCCAAAACUUGUAUCGUUGGUCUUUGGAAGCUCUCAAUAGAGAUUUGGUGCCAACUGGAGUUUUAGUGACAAAUGGGGACUAUGAUCAGGAACAGUUUGCAGAUAAUCAGAUCCCACUUUUGGUAAUAGGCACUAAACUGGACCAGAUUCAUGAAACCAAGCGUCAUGAAGUUUUAACUAGGACUGCUUUCCUAGCUGAAGAUUUCAAUGCAGAAGAGAUUAAUCUGGAUUGUACAAAUCCUCGGUAUUUAGCUGCAGGUUCUUCCAAUGCUGUCAAGAUCAGUAGGUUUUUUGAUAAGGUCAUAGAAAAGAGAUACUUUUUAAAAGAAGGUAAUCAGAUCUCAGGCUUUCCUGAUCGAAAAAGGUUUGUGGGAGGAACAUUAAAGAGCCUUCAUUAUGACUGAAUUACACUCAUCUUUUGGAAGAGCAAGCAAGCAGUGGCAGUUUUCACAGCUUUCCUCUUGCUGUGUCAAUUAUUAACAUCUUAAAAUGCUCCUUCAAUCUCGCCCUUUAAUGGAAAAAUGAAAGGAAGUGACAAUAUGGGAGGUCCAGACUUUGUCCCCGUUCUCUCUGUUCCUCACCUUUCUGUCCCUGUUUAUAGGUUAUAUAAAAGCCUUGUGGAAAUAUGAGACAUUGUCAACAUGAUGCAGUAAAUGAGCAGUGACAGUACUGCAGAGAAAAUUUACUCUUGACUGGAACUGGAGGGUUUUUAUGGCUCUGUAAUUUUCCCACAUUCAUUGCUGAAGCCUUAAUUAACUACUUCAAAAAUGUAUCUCUAUUCUUUUUAUUUUCUUGAGGGAAGAGUUUAUGUUAACCAGCUCUGAGUUGUUCACCCAAAACAAUCUAUGUCAUGUUCAAAGAUGCUAAAUGGUGUUAUUUAAUUGUCUCCCCUUCAUCACACACUGGAAUACCUAAGAAUAGCAAUCCUUAUCUCCCUCUACUCUUCCUUGCAAAUGGCUUGGUGGCUGGGAGAGGCAGACUAAUAGCUGGAGUUAAAUAUAAAUACAGAUUAAUAAUACAUAGAGAACAGCAGUACCAAAAAGAAGAAGAA